CUUUUAACAACAGUAAUAAGAUCGACUUGAUAAAGAAUAGGCCAAUCACUGAACGGUGGUCCAAGCUCAAACCUCCCACUAGAUAACCUCUUUUUCUUCCAAGUUGAACAAACACCUUUCGCCAUUACCGUCCAUUUCUCGUCAAAGAAAAAGCUCAUUGCACCACACAGCUUCCCUUCUCUCUCUUUCACUCAUUUUUUCUUUUAAACACAUGGAGGGUCGACACGGUAAAAGGAAAGAGAAAGCAGGAUCGCCUGAGCUACUUAAGGCUAGACAAGAGGAGGAAACUGCUCUCUUGCGCGAUUAUUCCAAACUGAAGGAUUCACUCAAGCAAAUUACCGACUCCAAGAAGAAAGAUAGUGACGCGCUUAAAACAACAGCGUUGAUAAUUCAACUGAAUCCUGGGUACUACUCCGUCUGGAACUUGCGACGGACGAUCCUCCACGAGGGAUUCCUUCAAAAUACAAAUGAAGAAACCACUCAGGGCAUUUUUAACGAGGAGAUCAAGUUUGUAGAUGAGAUCCUCAAACAGAAUCCGAAAUCGUAUUGCGCCUGGAACCAUCGUCGAUGGUGUGUCGAGCAGAUGGGCCGAGGCUCUUCCUGGGAGGAUGAGUUGGCUAUGACCGAUAAAAUCUUGAAGGACGAUCCUCGCAACUACCAUGGAUGGGACUAUAGAAGACAUAUCAUUAGACAACUAGAUCUUCAAAACCAAUCCCCGACUGAGGAAGCCCUUCAGCGCCUUCAAUCCGAGCUGGAGUUUACGACAUUAAAGAUUAAAGAGGAUCCCUCCAACUACUCAGCAUGGCACAGCAGGAGCAAGUUAAUAAAUGAAUUGGCAGAAAACAUGGCAGAAAAAGACAAGAAGGCAAUGAUUGACAGCGAAUUCGAUCUGGUCAAAGAUGUAGUCUAUAAAAACCCAGAUAACCAAAGUGCCUGGUUAUACAAUCUUGGACUCAUUGGACGGGAGGAGCCAAGUAUUUCAAUUAUAGGUGCUAGUGUGAUCUCAUUCCACCCAUUGGAAGUGGUAGUUGCUUUUGACCAGAAUGUCAAGCUUCGCAACCCGUUCACGGUUUCAACCAUGUUGGAUCAUAAUGUUGUCCCAUUAGAAGGGGAGUGGAAAGCGACUGGCUCAGAUUCUUCACUUGGCUACAUUUGGAUUUUCCAGCAAGUGUCUGGCUCAGUCUAUGGCCCUACAGUGGAAAUUGUGAUCUUUGCGAACGAUGUCUAUGGCGUGAAAGCUGGCUCAAAGCUUGGAUCACCGGCCGUUUGCUUUGAAGUUGAGACAGGAGAACAAGAUUUUGGUGUCAUCUCAGGUCGACUGAAUCAGUUGGUCGUUGGCAAGAAUUUGAUGAUAGAUGUCACUAAGCGGCUUGGUCCUGUUUCUAAUCCAGAUGGGACGUUGGAGGCGAUCCGAGAGCCUGAGGUUAAGCAUGUUGUAACAUCCCUUACAACAUCCACUUCGCUCCAGGACAGGAGAGUGGUAUUGGAGCGUGAGAUCGCGGUUGCUCGCGAACUAAUGGGAGUAGAGCCUGACUGCAAAUGGCCAAUUCAAGUUUUGACAACACUACUAUUAGAACUGCGCAAGACCAUCAGUCUCCAUUCUGCAGAGGCCAGGAUAAUUGAUGAUGAAUGUAUUGGGCUACUGGAAAAACUCAUUACGCUUGAUCCUUUACGUCAAGAACGCUAUGAGGAUCGCCGAACACAACUCGUCUUUGAUCGCGAAACGCUCCAUUUACUCAAGGACGCGAAGCGGUCCCACGGGAUGGAGUUUGCAGAUGAACAGCCUCGAGAUCUGGAUUUAUCAAUGCGAGGCCUUACACACAUCCCAAUCUCAUCUUAUUUAAUGCACCUCCAUACCCUCGAUCUGGACUCGAAUGCAAUUACCUCGACUCGGUUCCUACGCAACUUGCUGAACGUGCGACGUGUAAACUUAGCCAACAACUUGAUUGAGCGAUUGGAAGGGUUACAGCAUGCUCCUAGCCUCGAGUUCCUGUCAUUAGAAAAUAAUUUGAUUGCGACAUGGGAGGAUGUGUUCUCUGGAUUUGUAUUCUGGCAUGAGGGCAAGUUGGGUCGUAUGGGUGCACAGGUCAAGGUCCUUUUGGGAUUAAACCCUGUGAUUGAAAAUGAGGGAGGCGAAUAUGUAUUGGAACAUCGAUGGGAGGAUGUGGGUGAAGUCGGCGUGGAUAUUCAGUGGAUCUCGGAAGAGGCGCGAUUGGCUGCAGAAACCCACGCUACAGUAGUGAGCGGCACUCGCCGCGUCAGUAUCAAUGUUAUCUUAGAUGGAACUCAUUGACUAUGAUAAAAAAAGGGAAAAAAAGUAUUUACAUUUAAAUAUAUUUACAUCUCCAC